AUGUCUGGAAGAUUUGAACCCAAGACUCCCGUCCAGCUGGACCCUCCCAAGGACGACCCGAUAUCUCUUGAAGACUUGGCGAAAGCUGACGGCACAAACGGAGAAAAGAGCUAUGUUGCAAUCAAAGGCAAAGUUUAUGAUGUGUCCGGCAACAAGAUGUACCAGCCUGGGGGCUCAUACCAUGUCUUCGCCGGUAAAGAUGCCUCCAGGGCAUUAGGGAUGACGUCUGUCAAGCCAGAAGACGUCCGACCAGACUGGCACGAUCUUCCUGAUAAGGAAAAGGGCGUUCUUGAGGACUGGAUUACCUUCUUCUCCAAGAGAUACAACGUGGUGGGAGUUGUAGAGGGAGCCACUAACCAGUAA